AUGUCGGCGGUGACGGGCCCCGCUCGGGUGUUUGUGCUCCGUCACGGCCGCAGCAAGGCGAACGAGGCCGGCUUGAUCGUCUCUCGCUUCGAGAACGGCGUCAAACCCGAGUACGGGCUGGCGCCUCUGGGCGAGCGCCAGGCAGCUGCAGCGGGCGUCAGCCUUCGCGCGCAGCUCGAUGAGGCGGGUUUGAGCGACCGGGAGGUCAAGUUCUUGGCGUCGCCAUUCCGCAGAACACUGCAGACGGCCCAGAUCUGCGCCGAGAACGCGGGCGUACCGGUCGAUGCAAUUCAGGAGGAGCCGCUCCUGCGCGAGAGGGGCUUCGGCAAGUACGAGCUCACGUCGCACGACGCGUACGAGAUCGUGUGGGAGAUCGACCAGCGGGACCCUACGCAGCCCGUCGAGGGCGAGGGGGGGGAGAGCGUGAUGGACGUGGCCGGGCGCGUGAGCCAAGUCCUGGACCGUGUCAAGGCCGCGUACGACGGGAAGGUCGUCGUGCUGGUGAGCCACGGCGACGUCUGCCAGAUCACGUGCUCCGUGGCGAGGAACACCAAGCCUGAAGAGCACCGCUCGGACCACGCCAUCGAGACGGGCGAAUUGCGGCAGAUCAUGCCGUAG